GAACUGCUGCCCACAUGCAGCCCCGGACACAGCCCCUAGCCCAAACUCUACCCUUCUUCCUCGGAGGGGCCCCUCGAGACACUGGGCUGCGGUUGCCUGUCAUUAAGAUGGGCACAGGGUGGGAGGGCUUCCAGCGGACCCUGAAGGAAGUCGCCUACAUCCUCCUCUGCUGCUGGUGUAUCAAGGAACUGCUGGAUUAAUGGUGGCAGGGAACUGCCUCCUCUCCCCACCAGCACCAUGGCUGGCAUCGCUCAGGUGGGCUGGGUAGAGUAAACAGGAGGCAUAGCUGCAGCUUCUGUGGCAGAGCUUGCCUUAGCUUCUCAUUCUCUUCUUUAGCCCCCAGCCCAAUUGCCAUCAAGACUCCUGGGGCCAGCUGUGCUUGACCAAGGAUGGGCCAUAAACAAUGAGUAAAGAGUGAAGUGUGGAUCCCGCUUUGAGCUGUGUCAUCUUGCAGACCUGCCUCAUCUCUGAGCCUCCUUCAUUCCCAACCCCUGCCUCUGGUGGACCUCUGGUGGGCAGGAGCUUGGACUGCUCUGGCUAGGACCCCAGUAAGAUUGUGGCAAGACCUGGCACUCCUCCAAGCUUGGCACAGUGAGCCCACCAGCUCAGAUGGUUGAUCUUACCAUACCCUCAUAGUACCAAGAACAGACUGCCCCUUAAGAUAUCUGUUUGAGAAUCACUGAAUUAUAAAUAUAAUCCAUAG